CAGAGUCGGGCUCCCAUUGGCCCACCGACGAGCAAUACUCUGUUGUUCCUUCCAAAUUGAAAGGACGCCGCACGCCAAUAAAUUACUAGUAGAUGUUUAUGAAUGUCAUCCAAAUUUCUAAAUCAAUACCCGGUAGAAGAACAAUACUGGUGGGCGUACGCGGCAAUCCGGGAUCGCCACCGGUUCAUUUACCGGUAAACCAUGCUAGCUAGCAUCGCUAACUAGCCAACGAGCAUCUUGUCGUCGCGUCCCGUUGGUCUUCAUGGGCUUCCGCUGUUGAUUCUUCCAGGGUCGUGCUGGGGGCAGCGAGGCUAACAAAUUUAUGCCAUCCGCCAGGAAUUCCGGCCACAUUAUGAGCGGGGCGGGUUGCAAAGCCAACGGCGCCGUGUACCCCGCCUCGUCGGCGAUGUUGAACUCCGUGAAGAAGCCGAAGAUGGAGCAGAUUCAGGCCGACCAUGAGCUCUUUCUCCAGGCCUUCGAAAAGCCAACACAGAUAUACAGAUUUCUUCGCACUAGGAACUUGAUUGCACCAAUAUUUUUGCACAGGACUCUCACUUUCAUGUCUCAUAGAAACGGUCGCUCAAAUGCCAAAAGGAAAGCAUUCAAAGUAGAUAACUUGUUGCAAACUGUCGAGAAGAUGAAGGGAGAGCAGGAAUCUCCCAGCCUGUCUUCACAUCUGCAAUUAACUUUUACUGGGUUCUUCCAUAAGGAUGAAAAGCCAUCUCAGAACUCAGAGAAUGAGCAAAAUUCCGUCUCCUUGGAGGUGCUACUUGUCAAAGUCUGCCAUAAAAAACGCAAGGAUGUCAGCUGCCCAGUUAAGCAAGUGCCUACAGGUAAAAAGCAGGUGCCUUUGAAUCCUGACAGCCAGCAAAGCAAGCUGGCCUCCUGUCCCUCCUUAGUGGUGUCCAGCAACGAGUUUGAGCCCAGCAACAGCCACAUGGUCAAGUCCUACUCACUCCUCUUCAGAGUGUCGCGGGCGGGCCGCAGGGAUGCCAACGGCCUGCCCAACGGCGAAGCCAACGAGAACAUCGAUGUGAGAGAUACUCAGAGUAGAAAGAAGAGAAACUCGUCUCAUAAGGAAGAAGGGGACACAACGGAGACAUAUGUUGCUCAAAUGACUGUCUUUGAUAAGAACAGGAGAUUGCAGCUGCUCGAUGGUGAGUAUGAGGUGUCCAUGCAGGGGAUGGAAGACAGCCCCGUGAGCAAAAAGCGAGCCACGUGGGAGACUAUUCUCGAUGGCAAGAGACUGCCACCGUUUGAAACAUUUUCUCAGGGACCCACGUUGCAAUUCACGCUGCGCUGGACGGGCGAGGCCAGCGGGAAGUCCACAGCCCCCGUGGCGAAACCUCUGGCUACCCGAAACUCGGACACCUCUGGACCCAUGGAGACCAGGACCAGUCACCACAGAGCCACGCCCUUGGCAGUGAAAGAGUCGGUCAGCACAGAUCCGCAGACAAGGAAAGAACUCGUCACAUGUGAGCCGCGCCAAAAGUUACGGAUAUUUUACCAGUUCCUGUACAACAACAAUACGCGGCAGCAGACCGAGGCCAGGGAUGACCUUCACUGUCCUUGGUGCACGCUGAACUGCAGCAAGCUCUACAGCUUGCUCAAACACCUGAAACUCUCCCACUCACGCUUCAUUUUCAACUAUGUGCCUCACCCCAAAGGAGCAAGGAUAGAUGUGUCCAUCAAUGAGUGCUACGACGGCUCGUACGUUGGCAAUCCUCAGGACAUCCACAGCCAACCGGGCUUCGCGUUCAGCCGCAACGGCCCCGUCAAGAGGACCGCCGUCACCCACAUACUGGUUUGCAGGCCCAAGAGGACCAAGCCGAGCCUGUCCGAGUUCCUGGAGUCCGAGGACGGCGAGUUGGAGCAGCAGAGGACCUACGUGAGCGGACACAACCGCCUCUACUUCCACAGCGACAGCUGCAUGCCGCUGCGGCCCCAGGAAAUGGAGGUGGACAGCGAGGACGAGCGCGACCCCGAGUGGCUCCGAGAGAAGACCGCCACGCAACUGGAUGAGUUCACGGACGUCAAUGAGGGAGAGAAGGAGGUGAUGAAGCUGUGGAACCUUCAUGUCAUGCAGCACGGCUUCAUCGCGGACAACCAGAUGAACCAGGCAAUCAUGCUCUUCGUGGACGACUGCGGCGCGCACAUCGUCCGCCGUAACCUCUGCCGCAACUUCCUCCUGCACCUGGUGAGCAUGCACGACUUCAACCUCGUGGGCACGGCCACCAUCGACCGGGCGAUGACGCGCCUGAAGCAGAUCCAGGAGGAGCUCCCGGAGGACGGCGAAGAGCGGCAGGAGCGCGCGCUGCUCGCGACGGCGGGGAGCUGCAACGGCGGCGCGCCGUCCUCCGGCACGGGGAAGCAGGGCAAGAGGACAAAAAGCGCUCUCACGGACUGAUGCAGGCUUCAUGCACGGAACUGCUAGUAGUCAUGGGGGAGGAGGAGCGGUUUGUUUUCCCGUUUGCUCCCCCUUUCAAUAACCGUUCCCAACCUUUUGGUGCUUAGAAGUGGUCAGCAGAGCGUCUGACUGCAAACAGACCAAUAUACAAGGUAAACAGGUUUUUACAACUUGGACGCAACCAAAUACGUAUGAAAGAAGUGAAUCACCCGCAUCACGUGACAUGACUUGAUACGUUCGGCUGGGUGCGAACAGAUCACAGGGGUGGGGAGCCCUGCCUCAAAGUAUUCAAUACAACUCAUUAUCUAACACCAAACAAUUUUUCUAACCCAUAAAUAAAAUGUUCCUAAUAUAUAAAAACA